AUGUCUCCUAUUGACCCACCUUUGAAUGAUCAUAAUGAAAAUUAUUCUCGUCUUCUAUCAUCAGUAUAUGCAAUGACGUCAGGAGAACACCUUUUAUCACGCAAUAUAGAUUCUGAUGUUAUUGAACAUAUUCAAAUGGAAAAGGAAUGUUCAAAACAAGAUGAUUUAAGUUUAGUUUGGUCCGAUGACGUUUCAUUAGCAUUAUGUUUUUUAGCAAGUUUAGCUCAUAAUGGAGAAUAUUCUCAAGAACAUUUAUUACAACAAUAUUUUCGAUGGUGGAUGAAUGGUUAUAUGUGUCCAACUGGUCUUUGUUUUACUCCACGUACUCAUAUUAAAAAGAUUAUUGAUUCAUUCGGUGAAAGUCUAGCAACUCAAGGAUUAGGUCUUGAAAUCCACAUGGAUAAAAACCCACAUAAAAUUUCAUUGAAACCUGCAGCAUUAAUUCAAAUGUCUCCAAUUAGCUAUUUUUACUCAAAGCAUUCAUAUUCUAAACGUGUUGAAAUUGUCAACGAUUGUAUUAAACGAAUGUUUGGAAGAGAAACAUCAACGGAUGUGUUUGUUGCUUAUAUUGAAUUACUUGCUAAUGCUCUUAAUGGAUUGUCGAAACAAGAAAGUAUUAAUUUGAUUAAAUUAAAAAAGGAUUCAAAUGACUAUAUAAAUAGAAUUUUUUUUGACCUAAUUGAUUUACUUUUAAAUGAUAAUAAUAAUAUUGAACAAGGUGUUCAACUUGCUUUAGAAAAACAAUUUAUCGAACGAAAAGAAUGUCAAUAUCUUAAUCCUUUGGAUUCGAAUGAAAAUAUUCUUUUAACACUUUAUUUACAAAUAAGUGGUGCUAUUUAUAAUUCGAUUCCUGAUCAAUGGUUGAAUAAUAUUUAUGCAAAAAAUACAAUUGAAUCUUUAAUCAAAUGGAUUAUUUAUCAAAGAAAUAAAAACUUACAUUCAUUUUAA